GGCUUCCUGUUUGGUGUGUGAGCGGUAUUAGCAAAGUGGCACUGCUGCCUUACAGAACCUGAGGCAGUUUCAAGAAACCUGUGGAGUACUUUAAUUUUUUCUUUUACAACUGAUUCUACAAGAAAAGCUUUCUCGUCCAUCUGACUUAUCAGAAAAUUAUAGGAGUUAAAAUGAAACUGAUCUUCCAGUCCUUACUCUGUUGCUGCCUGCUGGUGACAGUGGCACACUGUAUGGAGCUUGAAGGGAAUUUGGAGUUGAAAAGAAGGCUAAGCCUGUGGCUGGGGAGCAGACUGAGACGGGAUCUUGACAGUGUAACAGUAGAGAAGAGAGCAGCGUCUGAGCGUUUUGUCAGACCAGAAGAUAUCAGGGAUACUUUGCUGCCGCAUUCCAGCACUGACAUCAAUGUCCGAACCAAGCGAUCAAAAAACUCAGCCAACCAGUCAGCAAGAUCAGGUUGUUCACUCGGCACCUGCACAGUGCAUGACCUGGCAUACCGCCUGCACCAGCUCAAUAACAAUUUGAAGAUCGGUGCCCCUGCUGACAAGAUAAGCCCAAAGGGAUACGGCCGGAGGCGUCGAUCUCUUCCAGCGCACAGAGUCACACUGAGGUUGGAGCAGGGCAGGCUGAGGCCCGCAUGGAGCGCAACUAACUCACAAGUUCAUAAGCUUGAGGCUCUCCUCAGAAAGACAUGAGUGGGACUUUACAAGAAGAGUUGGGAACAAAGGCAAGGCAGUAGUUCAGAGUUAAUGUCCAAUCAACUCUGUUCUAAAAUUCUCAAAAUGCCUCAGACUCUUGCCAAGUAUUCUCCAGCACAUUUUUCUAGGCAUGAGGACUGAGUCAGAGCAAGACUGGCUGCACUGAGUUUCUCUAAAGGCUGAGCCAUGCAGAGCCACGAUGUAGGGAGUGCAAACAACUACAGCUAGCUUACAGACACUGGAUGGCACAGCGUCGAGUAAACUACAGGUGCUGCUCUCUGCUUGGCAGAGGGAACGGAAGAGUGCUGAUAGGAAAGGGACACAUCUUCUGGCUUAAAGAGGAAACUCUCUACUAACAUUCUGGGACUUAACACACUUAUUCUUCAAGGCCAGAACUUUGAUAAGUGCUAUCUUCUAAGGAUUAUACCAUCAUGUUCCAUAAAACUGUCAGUACUUGUCUGCACUUUUCCAUUUGGACUUCAAGUUGUAUGAAUGAAUCAUCAGGAAAAGACAUCUUCAUCACAAUGCUAAACAGGAAGAUUGCUUACAGAGCGGUGAAGCUCUCAUUAGAUAUAAAGUUUUGGACACUGUAUAAGGAAAAAUGCCUUCUGUGACAUAUGCGCCAGUCCGCAAUGGACUGAAAUAUACUUGAAAUUGUUAUUUUUGUGUACAAAAACAUGUGCAAUCUAUUCUUGUUGUUAUUGCAGGUAUAUGUAUAUAUGAAUUCCUUUAUUUAAAUAUUAUAUAGAGGUAACAUUUAAGUACUUAAAGAAUUAUUUUUGUACAGAAAGAAAUAUAUAUGGGCAUUGUAGCUGUUU